AUGAUAAUAAAAAAUAUUAGACGAACUUUGAUUUCUAGACCUUUGAUUGAUAGCCAAUUAAGUCUUUCAAAAAAAUUAUACAAUAGACUGCAUAAUGUAUGCUACUAUAGCACUAUAAUAGAUAAUGAGAUCUUGCAAAAGGAAGAAGGAGAGGAAAAGAAUUCUGAACCCAAACAGGAAAAGGAUGAGUUAGAAUGGGAAGAUAAUGAGAUCACAAGUUCAUUAGAAAGGAAAGUAAGGAAACUCCAACCGAACAAAGCAAACUUUGUUGUAUUAAAUCCAAAACAAGCAGGUUUAUUGAAACAAAGAAAAAUUCCUAAUUAUUUCAAUACUUUAAACUCAAAUAGUAAAAUAUCCAUUUUAGAGGGUGUUGACAUAGAUAAACCUUUUAUGAGAAUGAAUAAAGACGAUGUAACUGAUAUACAAUCGAUCAAUAAUGAAACAAAUCGUGAAAUUGAGUCACAAACUAGAAAACUACUUGUGUUUAAAAGUAAAGUAUCUGAUGAACAGAUAUUGAAAUCAAUAAAUUAUCAAAAGCCGUAUUCAAACAAAAUGUCACAAAAGCGAUAUGAUCAGAUAGAACAAGUAUUGGAUUCCGCAUACACAUUGCCACAGUUGAGAGCAUAUACCAAGAAAUACUAUAAUUUUGGUAAUUCUAGGAUAACGAAGAAGAAAUUGAUAAAAACGAUCUUAAAUGAAUAUUGGAAAUGUGAAAUUGUUAGCUCUAUUAUUGAAUCAGAUGAUCUAAUUAAAGAAAAAAUUAUAGAUAUCAGCACUAGAGAUAUGUAUUUACUUUUGUUGACAAAUAAUGGUAAAAUAUUACAGAAUUUAACUAGAAUUGGAGCAAUUCUAGCAGUUGCACUAGAUGAAAAUAAAAUUAUUGUAAGAGCAACCAGUCCCAUUAUUAAAUAUUUAGAGGUUUCCUUAAAUAAAAUUUUAUCAAACGUCAGCAACGAAAUAAUCCCAGUAAAUGAGAUUAUAAAGAAUCAUACAUCUUAUGGUGCUAAACUUAUUACUUAUGAAAAGACAAAAGAUUUAAUAUCUUUGAUCCAAAAGGAGACAGGAUGUUUUUUUGAAAAACAAUAUGAGGAUGCAUUAGAUGAUAAAAGCAACGAUAAUACAGAAAAAAAUGUAAAAGACUAUUUAGUAUCAUCUCUUGGGCCAAAAAGAAUUACUGAAGCAAAGAACUUAUUGUUAUGGGUCAUUGAUUACAAGCCACAGUUAUCAGAGUCUGUCCAAAAUGUUAGUAAUCCAAGUAUGGUUUAUAAACAAUACCCAUUUUCAAAUUUUGAAUGUCUAGAUUGGAUGAAUAGAAACAAAAAAUGGUAUAGACUACAAACUGAAACUCUUAUUUUACCAAAAGGAAAAACUGAGUACUCUGAAAAAAAUCAUCACCCGAAACAAAUACUGAGCAUCAGUAAUGAGAAGUUAAAUGAUUGUUUUAAUAGCAUUAAAGAUAAUAAAGAGAACAGUAUGGGUAUGGCAAAUCUUGAAAUACCUGACAGUAAUAUAUUCAAUAAUAUAAGUUUGACUUUAGGACAUUUGUUAAGAGAAAAAAACAAUGAUAAAAAUUAUUUCUUUGAGCCUAAAGUUCCAAACAUUACAAAAGAAGUGUUAAAACUUGAACUAGACCAUGCAAUUACUCCUUCAGAUUCAUUCUAUAAUAUUGAUCAACAUGAUUACUAUGUUCAAUUAAAAUUUGUUCCCAAUUUGAAGGACCUUGCACAAUAUGUCGGUAUUUCAAAAUUAGACUUACCUCCUUUAGAUCUAUGGUUUGAGCUUGAUGAGAAUGAUAAUGCUCUGACCGAUACUUUGCAAAGUUUUUUAAGACUAAGUGAAAAGCGAUUAUAUUUAGAAUCAAGUAACUUGCACCAUGAUUAUAGGAUAGAUAAUGAUAGAGUUGCUUCUAUUACGAAGCAAUACGAUGAGAAUCCUGAUGGUUGGUUAAAUGAUCAGCCUGGUAUUAAAGAAUUUAUAACAAAUGGAAAUUUAUCUUUUGGUUCAAAAGGCAAACUGGUAAUCCCUCAAACUCUUCCAGUUACCUUAAUUGUUUCCACUGAAGACGGCAUAAAAAAAGUUGAUGUUAAUUAUGAAUUCAUCAGUACUAGCUAUCAUAGAAUAUUAAAACUUAGAUAUUUGGAUAAAUACCUUGUACAAUUAUCACAUGUUAACUCUGGAACCAGAGGUGGCAGAUAUACCCAGGUUGAUUUCAUUGGUGAUGGUACUGAACUAGAUAAUAUUACCAAAUUCAAGGAUUUUAUUGAAAAUGUUUCUAAAUGGUAUUAA